CCCAGCCCCAGCCCCAGCCCCAGCCCGCCGGCCCCGCCCCCCGCCGAGUGCAUGAGGUUGACGCUACUUUGUUGCACCUGGAGGGAAGAACGUAUGGGAGAAGAAGGAAGUGAGUUGCCCAUGUGUGCGAGCUGCGGCCAGAGGAUCUAUGAUGGCCAGUACCUCCAGGCCCUGAAUGCUGACUGGCACGCAGACUGCUUCAGGUGUUGUGAAUGCAGUGCCUCCCUCUCACACCAAUACUACGAGAAGGAUGGACAGCUCUUCUGCAAGAGGGACUACUGGGCCCGCUAUGGAGAGGCCUGCCACGGGUGCUCGGAGCACAUCACCAAGGGGCUGGUCAUGGUGGCUGGGGAGCUGAAAUACCACCCCGAGUGCUUCAUCUGCCUCACGUGCGGAACCUUCAUCGGUGACGGAGACACCUACACGCUGGUGGAGCACUCCAAGCUGUACUGCGGGCACUGCUACUACCAGACUGUGGUGACCCCCGCCAUCGAGCAGGUCCUGCCUGACUCCCCCGGCUCCCGCCUGCCCCACACAGUUACCCUAGUAUCCAUCCCCGCCUCACCUCAUGGCAAACGUGGCCUGUCGGUCUCCAUUGACCCCGCCCACGGCCCGCCAGGCUGCAGCACAGAGCACUCCCACACCGUCCGCGUCCAGGGAGUGGACCCAGGCUGCAUGAGCCCAGAUGUGAAGAAUUCCAUCCACGUGGGAGACCGGAUCCUCGAAAUCAAUGGCACACCCAUCCGGAACGUGCCCCUGGAUGAGAUUGAUCUGCUGAUCCAGGAAACCAGCCGCCUGCUCCAGCUAACUCUUGAGCAUGACCCCCAUGACACCCCGGGUCAUGGGCCAGGGCCUGAGCUCAGCCCCCUGGGCUCCCCAACCCCCACUCCCAGUGGGGAGGUGGGCACCUCUUCCCGGCAGAAGCCUGUCCUGAGGAGCUACAGCAUUGACAGGUCUCCGGGUGCUGGCUCACUAAGCUCCCCAGCCUCCCAGCGCAAGGACCUGGGUCGCUCUGAAUCCCUCCGUGUGGUCUGCCGGCCGCACCGCAUCUUCCGGCCAUCGGAUCUCAUCCAUGGGGAGGUGUUGGGCAAAGGCUGCUUCGGCCAGGCCAUCAAGGUGACACACCGGGAGACAGGCGAAGUGAUGGUGAUGAAGGAACUGAUCCGGUUUGAUGAAGAGACCCAGAGGACGUUCCUCAAGGAGGUAAAGGUCAUGAGAUGCCUGGAGCACCCUAACGUGCUCAAGUUCAUCGGAGUGCUCUACAAGGACAAGAGGCUCAACUUCAUCACAGAGUACAUCAAGGGGGGUACCCUCCGGGACAUCAUCAAGAGUAUGGACAGCCAGUACCCGUGGACUCAGAGGGUGAGCUUUGCCAAGGAUAUCGCUUCAGGGAUGGCUUACCUCCACUCCAUGAACAUUAUCCACCGGGACCUGAACUCACACAACUGCCUGGUCCGAGAGAACAAGAACGUGGUGGUGGCUGACUUUGGGCUGGCACGGCUCAUGGUGGAAGAGAAGACACAGCCCGGAGGCCUUCGAAGCAUCAAGAAGUCAGAUCGCAAGAAGCGAUACACGGUAGUGGGCAACCCAUACUGGAUGGCGCCUGAGAUGAUCAAUGGCCGCAGCUACGAUGAGAAGGUGGAUGUGUUUUCCUUUGGAAUCGUCCUGUGCGAGAUCAUUGGGCGGGUGAAUGCGGACCCCGACUACCUGCCCCGCACCAUGGACUUUGGCCUCAAUGUGCGGGGCUUCCUGGACCGUUACUGCCCUCCAAACUGCCCUCCGAGCUUUUUCCCCAUAACUGUGCGCUGCUGUGAUCUGGACCCCGAGAAGAGGCCCUCCUUUAUGAAGCUGGAGCAGUGGCUGGAGACCCUCCGCAUGCACUUGGCCAGCCACCUGCCACUGGGCCUGCAGCUGGAAGAACUGGACAGGAGCUUCUGGGAGACCUACCGGCGAGGCGAGAGCGGACUGCCCGCUCACCCCGAGGUCCCCGACUGAGCCCAGCCCACUCGGCUGCCCCCGUGCCCACCUCUGGAGGACCCACCCUGUACCACACUCCUACAGGUCGUGGCCCGGGCGUGGAGCCCCCAGCUGGGCAGCAGGCACCCAGACUCCUCCCUAGCACCGGGCCCUGACUUGCCUUCUCUUAGCCUGUGGGCCGUGGCCCCUGCCCCAUCUCUGCCCCUGGCCCCAGAGCUGGCCUGGCUGCACACACACCGUCACCUCACCCUGCCUUACCUGUCUUGGUGGGGCCACCCCCUCUCGCUUCUCCUUGCAUGAGCUGGAGGGCCCGUGUGAGUCCUGCCCCAUCCUCCACCCCGCUGCCCCCAGCUGUCCUGCGCACACUCCCCGUCUGUGGCUUCUCUGAGGCCAGGCCAGUAGACAGCCUCAGAGUGGACCGGUCAGGGCUGAGUUCGUAGGAGGGCACCAAAUGAGGGAGAGGCUGCAUUCUGGGGUGCGUCACCCCCCCCCCCGGGGGGUGGUGUCUCUGUAGUAGCAGGUAUUGAUAGUUACCCAAACCCCCAAACAGAGAGGUCUGCCUCUGGAGGGUGGGAGUUCCAGUAGCUAAGCCGCAGGCCUCUCUUGCUUUGGGUCUCUUCAUUUCUUUCUCGAAGCCACUUUAGUGAGAAGCAGGUACCAGGCCUCAGGGUGAAGGGAGGGUCUGCUGGGGGAGAGGGGAUCCGGAUCCCUGGAUCAGAGCUGCCGGGAGGAGCCACAGAGGGACGCUGGGCAGAGCGGACGAGGCAGGUGUCCACCAGCAUCCCAAUCCCCAAAGUCCAUCUCAGUGCCCCUCCCGGGCUUCUCCCCAGGCCGCCCCUCCCCGUGGCCCUCUGUCCUCUGGGUUCUUUCUGUGUAAUCUAUUUUUUGAGAAGAAUUUGUAUUAUUUUUUCAUACGGCUGCAGCAGCUGCUGUCAGAGGGCUUGGGGCUUUAUUUUUCUGGCGGGCGGGGGUGGGGGGGCCAUUUUGUCACUUUGCCUCAGUUGAGCAUCUAGGAAGUAUUAAAACUGUGAAGCCUCCUCAGUGCACUUUGAGCCUGGAAAACAAUCUAAACAGGCCCGUGGGACUGCGGGUCAGGGAGCGUGGGACAUGUCCGCCUCCAUCCAGGAAUCAUGAUGUCUAAGGAAGAAAACCUAGACACAGAACAAUAAAAUAAAUUUCAUACUCCCCAACCAGGAUCCCGGUUGCCAUAUAUGUCUGGGGCGCAAGGAGCCCGGAACGAGAGUGGCCCUUUGUGACUAGAAGCCUGGUGGGAAGACGAGAGUGGAGGGCAGGUGGGGACCAUACGGGUGGGAGCAGCUUUGGGAGCGGGGAGGAGGAGAUGCUAGGGUAGGCACUGCUCUCAUGUGAUAAUAAUGUCCUCUCCCGUAAGGUCCAGUCAGGAAAACAAAUCGCACUGGUUAUUUCAAAUAGAGGGCAUUAAAUGCAAGGGAGUUGUUGACAUAGUAGCUGAAGGACAGCAGAGGGGUAAAAAGUGACGCUGGGACAACCCAAAGAUGGGGAAUUUCAGGAAGGAGUUACUGCCCCCCAGCAGGGGCAUUUAGGGAAAGUGAGGGUGACUUUAGCUAUCUGGUGUUGGCAUAUCAAAUCACCCCUUAAGUUUGGUGGCUUAAAAAAAUAGUGGUUGCUUAUGGCUUAAGUCUGUCAAUUUGGGAGCAGCUUGGGUGAGUGGUUUUGGUCAAGGGCUCUCCUGAGGUAGGGUGGGUGACCCUGGUUCAGGGUCUCUCCUGAGGUAGGGUGCAUGACUUUGGUCCAGGUCUCUCCUGAGGUAGGGUGGGGGACUUUGGUCCGGUGCUCUCCUGAGGUACGGUGGGUGACUUUGGUCCAGCGUCUCUCCUGAGGUAGGGUGGGUGACUUUGGUCCGGGGUCCCUCCUGAGGUUUUGGUCACAUACUGUCUGGGCUGCAGUCCUUUGAGGAUAUGACCAGCUGGAGAGUCCAUUUCCAAGGACUUUUGUAUGUGUCUCCCUCACAUGGCUGGCUGCUGACCAGAGGCCUCAGUCCCUGUCAGGGCCUCUCCACCAGGCUCUUUGAGCAUCCCUGCUGCAUCCUCUAGAGUGAGCAUCCCAAAAGAGCCAAGCAGAAGCUCCCGAGCCUUUUAUGACCUGGUCUCAGAAGUCACAGCAUUACUUCCACCAUAUUCCAGUGGUCACACAGGCCAACCUAGAUUCAGUGUAAGAGCAGGCUACCCAAGGCCAAGCAUACCUGUACCAGAAGGGAUCACGAGGUCAUCUUGGAAGCUGGCUAGGACCUUGGAGGAAGGAGCCCUAUGAGACCAAAGCUUGGAUUUUUAAAGUGGGGUUGUUUGUUUUUGAGGGGCACCUGGGUGGCUCAGUCAGUUAAGCAUCUGCCUUUGGCUCGGGUCACGAUCCCAGAGUCUGGGAUCGAGCCCAUGUGUCAAUCUCCCUACUUAGCAGAGAGUCUGCUUCUCUCUCUCGCCCACCCCACUCAUGCUUUCUCUCAAAUAAAUA